AUGGAUAACCAUCUAUUUCAAACUAAAUUAGCAAAUCACAAGAUAUUUAAAGACAUUAAACAAAGUUUGUGUGAUAGUCCCGAAACAAAAUUGCGUAAUUUGAUGGAACUACAAGACGAUGUUUUGUACGUGUGGAAUUCUGUUGAAAAUUGCUUGUUUUGUGUAAAUUUGAAACAUUUAGAAGAACACGGUGAUGAAACACAAUAUCAGAAGCUGCACUUCCUCUCGCCGCCGGCGUUCCCCGUAGAGCGAAUUAUCAGUAGCGAGUGCGGAACGCGACUGUGUGUUUGGGGCUCGCGCGGAGUGACAAUCGCUGAAUUGCCGACAAGAUGGGGCCGCGGUGGACUCUUCGAAUCCGGCAGUCAAACGAUAUUGUGCAAGAGCUAUUCGCUAGACGAACGAUUCAUGUAUUCGAAGGGAGAGGUGCACAGGGUACGUUGGCACCCGAAGUCGUUGUCCCAUGUGUUGGUACUUCUGUCUGAUAAUACUAUGAGACUCUAUAACAUCGCCCUAAAGUCCGGUCCAAAAAUGGUUAAGUCAUUCACAAUUGGACCAAAGCCUGUUGGAUCUUUGGGGAUGACUCUCUUGGACAGUUUUGGAGACAGUGCGGUGGAUUUCACUCCAACGCCCGAUGCGGAGCACAUACUGAUUCUCAGCGGAAAUGGAGACGUGUAUAUAAUGAAUAGUGACUUCCUGGAAAGCAAACGCCCCCUUCAAAUCAGACUGCGCGGCCCACUGCCCAUGUACCCACCGGCGGAUGACAAUUACGGCUCUGAGUCCUGCUCCAUCAUGACCAUGGGCGCAGGGGAAUGGUCCACGCUGGUGGUGAUCGCAAGUGCAUCUGCGUCUCUCUACCACUGCUUACUGUUACCUGAAGCUGAUAAAGAGAAUGGCGACGGUUACGCGCUAUACGUGAUGGAGUCUGUAGAACUUAAUAUCGUGUUGAACAGCAAAGAUGAUGUACCCUUUGCUUAUCCAGUUCACCUGUAUCCGUGUUUGGGCAACACUUAUGCGUGCAUGCAUGCUGGUGGCGUGCAUUCUGUGACACUACCUAUCAUGGGAUACCUCAAAGACUACGCGAUGGCCGACGAAAAUGAAAUCGAGUCGAUCCUAUCUCUAAUAAGCAGUAAGUCGAGUACAGCGCGCCAUCUUGUCUGUACAAGUGAACGCGAAGCCAGGCCACCGCUGGGUUUGGUGUUGUCUUCGCCACCAUUGCACGAAGUUCUUAUUCUAUGCUCCACUGGAGAGCUUAUUACUAGGAGUCUAGAACCUUACAUCCUGGAAGAAACGCUAUUCAGAGAACUGCAGCUUAAGAACCCAGCCCUAGAUAAUGAUGAUAUUCACAAUAUAUUAAAAGAGCGUCAGAAGCUGUCAUUUGUGACAAUCAUUCAGGAGAUAUUGAGCCGUGAAGUAUCGCAACCGAUUCUCAACAUGAACAAAACAUCAGAUCCAGAGCCGAAGGAAUUAUUAGAGAUGUUAACAGAAGUAACAGUGAAACUCCGCGAACAGUACAUACUGCGUCAGAAUCGAGCCAAUUCCGCCAUUACGAGCAAGACUAAUGCUUUACUGGGAUUGCACCAACAGCAAACAGCUUGGCAAACUGAGCUACAGAAGGAAAUACAGAGCGUCGAACUUCAGUCGUCUCUUUUGAUUGAGAAAAGAGAUUUGGCUGAAAAGCGUCAGGAGGACAUUAAAUAUAGGUGCUCCGCAGCAAUACGCGCACUGAGAUCUUCUUCUCACAAGAGUCCAGCUGAACUGGAGCUAUUGAAACAAUUGGAGACUUACAAAGAAAAAGCAACGCAAAUGCAAACUCAGACACGCGCUCUUAGGGGGCAUGUCGACUCGCAUAUUGAACGGAUAAAACGUUGGCAGGACGAGUACAAAAAGAAAGACAUAGCUCUAGGAAAGUCUCACAGCGAUACCAUCUCAUCUAUAUUGCAACAACAGACAAACCAAAUAUCUGUGCUCAUUGAAGAAACUAAACUACUGAAAGAUCAAUUGGGUGUCGUCUAA